AGAUACAGAUGCCAGGAUUUCUCUAAUAUUAGUUUAAACGAAUAAAGAUAUACAACAUCAUAAGACGUCAACAAUGUAAAUAGGGUACUUUCGAUUAACAUUCAACAUUGAAGUUACUUCCGUAUUACGAAUCUACAACAGACAUAUGUGUGAAAGUCUGAAAAUGGCGGGAAACAGUAUAAACAGUAAAAGCACCAUAGACGUCAUCACAAUUGAUAUAAGCAAUAAAGCAUUAGGAGGGUAAAUGUAGACUGUGACAAACUGCAACUGACUGAUCAAAUUUUACAGAUAUGGCAUGUUCACUUUACCUGGGAUUUGAACCCGUUGAGCGCCCUCAAUGGCGAAAAGCAAACCCGAACAAUGAUUCGAUACCAACAGUUUCCACAAUGAUCGCUCAGAUUCUGGAAUACAAAAGGGCAUGGCUGAAGUUAAAAAAGAGAAAGAAGGAAAAGUAUGAGACAGUUCAACAAGAGAUGUAUUUAGAAUUCUUGUAUCAAAUACAAGUUGGAGAGGACAUUGGAAUUCUUCAUAGGAGAACUUUCGAUGAGAUUGUUAACGAUGAAAAUGUUAAAAUGGUCCAAAAACGAGGACUCAAACGACAACAUUCAAACUCUGGAAAAGAGAAUCUUUCUAGAUAUAAAUGUAGAAAAUCUGACUCAAUCAAUUCUUUGGAAGAUAGAAUGGAAAAGUAUACAUUGUCGUGUUCACAGGCGAGCAACAACUCUACUUACGACGAUGCGUUAAAUGGCGGGAGUUUGAGCAGUAAUGAAAAUAGCUUGCCAAGUUCUCAAGAUGCCCAGAUAUACAUUAUGAAUUCUCAACAUGAGCAAACUAAGGCAACCGAAACAAUCAACUUGCUAAGGGGAUACCAUCAUUUGAAAAACGAACUACAGAAGAUACCAAAAGAAGAAAGACCCGGAUAUGUAGGAUUAAUUGAUGUCGAGACCUGUAUCAAAAGUUGCCACGAGAUUCUGAUGUGCAAUUUAAUGGACAAAAAGAAGACACCUGCUGGGAAAUUUAGCGUUUUACCUAGAUCAGCUGAAUUUGAAGGGAUGCAAUACAUGUAUCCCUCUUAUAAAACAGAGGAUGUAGCUUUCGAAGCUUUGCAGGCAGUGGUUGACCAGUAUAACACAAUGAUUACAGAAGUAUCCAAGAUAGACGAUGAAACGGAAAAGCUUAACAAUUCUUUUAAAUGUGCAUCAGUUUUACUUUUUAGUUUCCUGAUGUUACAUCCGUUUUCUGAUGGAAAUGGCUGACUAGCUCGUCUGCUUUGUAACCAUUGCUUGAAAACGUUCUGUCCAUUCCCAACGGCUGUUUACAACAACGUCUCCCCAACCACAAGAAGUGAUUAUUUAAGAGCUCUUAUAAAUGCUAGAGAAGGACUUAAUCUGAGUCCAUAUCAGAUCCAGUUCCCGGAUGAUUCAAUCAGAGAAGCUUUAUCAGUACUGGAACAAAAACCUGCCGAACUAUGUUCCUUAAUCAUUGAGAGCAACUGGUUCACAUGGCGUUACUUUUUAAGGAAAUUAGGAAUUAGCAUCCCCUUACUUGAUUUUGAAGUGGUAGAUUAGAAAAUGUUAUGUAAUUAUGGUAAUACUUAAUAGUAAUAAAACGUUAUCUUUUGUUUUUAUAAAAAUAUUGCAGGGUUAGAGAAAAAAAAUUUCAAUAGUUUCCGUUCAAUCAUUUUAUAAUGUUUAUAAACAUUCAAAUGUUGAUUAAUUCAAUAGACCUUGGAGAUAUCAGAGAUUAAGACUAUAAUAUGUAUUUUUUAUGGAUUUAAAGUUUGAGAUUGCGCGUUCCUGAUGAAGUUAAAUCCAGAAAGCGCUUC